ACUCCGUCGUGAUGACGGUAUGGAUGCUUCAGCAGAGUGUAUCUGAGACGGACGCUCUUUGACCGACACCCCGCAGCUUCUGGAUGAGAUCUCGCUGCAAGAGCAGAGGGAAACACCGCCUGCCGCACGAUCGGGAAUAACAAAUCGCUCUUAACCGGAAGACUAAAGAGCGGCUCUUUGCUUGUCUAACUGUAGCGGAGGAGCGACGGCAUUCCCGCUCCCAUUUUCUCGACGCACUUUUGUCCCCGCGUGCCUUAACGUUCCGUCCAGUUCCGCGUACACAAGAUGCACCGUCCACCACCCCCCCCCCUUCCCCCCUGAACAGUUCGUGAUCACAGUUUGAGUGUGCUAUCCAGCCUGCCUGCUUGCGACGCUCUUUAAACACAUGAUCUGGCCCGGGGACAUUUCUUUAAAAGAGCAUUUUUUAAAAAAAAAGGUCUGUCUUUGUUUUAUAAACCACUGCACCACUGUUUCAUAAACGGAACUUCAAGAAUUGCGAACACUCUGAACACCGUUGGAAUUGCCAGAAUAUGCUGAUGAAGGAAUACAGAAUAUGCAUGCCACUAACGGUGGAAGAGUACAGGAUCGGCCAGCUGUAUAUGAUCAGCAAGCACAGCCACGAGCAGAGCGAGCGAGGUGAGGGUGUGGAGGUGGUGCAGAAUGAACCCUAUGAGGACCCCAUCCACGGGCACGGCCAGUUCACCGAGAAGAGGCUGUACCUCAACAGUUUUUUUGGAAGGAGUUGCGGGACUCAGCAGAUGUUGCUGAACUGACAGCCCCAAGUUGCCUAGCUGGGCAAGAGCUGUGGUCCCCAAGAUCUUCUAUGUGACAGAGAAGGCCUGGAACUACUACCCCUACACCAUCACAGGAAACCAAGAGACAAUCUUCCGAUGGAGAGCAGUCACCAUCGAUCCCCCAUCCCUUUAAUUACCGAGGCACUCUGGGCAUGGAUGAAGGUUUAACCCGACUGCCCGUUCUCUCUUCCCCCUCCAUCGACGUCCAUCCCGGGCCGGUGCGGCUCAGAAUACACGUGUUCAUUUUUGCCAAAGUUUUCCAUUCAUAUAGAAACAAAGUAUGAGGACAACAAAGGAAGCAACGACCACGUAAGUAUGGUUUGAGGCCUUGUGUGUGUGCAUGUGCGUGUACUUUGUGAAAGCGUCACCCUGUCUGUGCGCUGUGUGAUAUGCAGAAAAUACUACACAGGGUAUCACAGUUCAGGGCCACCUGGUAGGAAUUAGAGAAUCAGAUCGCCAUCUGGUGGCCAUAACUGGGAUUGAUUGUGAAUAUUCUGUCCGUGAGGGGAGCUGUUCCUUCUUCUCAUUUGUGCUGCCUUCAUAAAAAUAAUAAACUUUCAUAUUCAUAGCAGCCCAAAAUGAUGACAUGAAUCUGUGUAUAGGAAUUGUACCAUUGUAUUUAUUGUACCAGAACAUUAUAUGAAGUACAACUGCAAGGUGUUGGGAGCCAUAGCUAAUGACCUCCUUCGGGACCACACAGGAAGCAGCCACCUGACACCCCAUGCAGGUCCUCUGGUUGCCUUUAAUGUCCCUGUGUGUGUGUCCCUGUGUGUGUGUCCCUGUGUGUGUGCGUGUGUGUGUAUCUGUGUGUGUGGUUAUGUGUGUAUGUGUGUGUGUCUCUGUGUGUGGUUAUGUGUGUGUGUGCGUGUCCCUGUCUGUGUGCAUGUGGCUGCCCUUCAGAUCUUUGACGGGGAACCCAAAGACGAAGACACGGAGGUGUGCUUCAUCGACAUCGCCUGUGACGAUGUUCCCGAACGGUACUACAAAAAGUCAGAGGACCUGCGCUGCUUCCACUCGGAGAAGACGUCGAGGGGUCCCCUGGCAGAGGGCUGGCGGGACACACACUGCCCCGUCAUGUGCUCCUACAAGCUGGUGGGCGUCAGGUUCGAGGUGUGGGGCCUCCAGAGCCGCGUGGAGCAGUUUGUGCACAAGGUCGUCCGCGAUGUCCUCUUGCUGGGACACAGGCAGGCCUUCGCCUGGGUGGACGAGUGGAUCGACAUGACGAUGGAGGAGGUGAGGGAGUACGAACGCGCCACCCAGGAGGCCACCAACCAGAAGCUGGGCUCCUUCCCGCCGGCGAUCUCCAUCAGCGAGAUGGCGCUGGGAUCUCCCAGCCGGGGGGGGGCUUCCAGUGCCCCUUCCACGCCGCUGUCCACUGAGGCCCCUGAGCUGCUGUCCGUGCCCCGUGAACGCCCACGUAAGAAAUCGGCGCCGGAGACACUCACGCUCACGCUGCCCGAGCGCCGCGGCUCAGGGUACCGGCUGCCCAGCUUCUUCCCCUGGCAUGCUCCUCCCUCUGCACAGCCUGAGUGACAAAACCAGAGAACACCCCCGCCCCCCAAGGCCCAACCUCAGACCCUCCAAGACUAAUUAAAGUUGAAAUGUAACCACCUAACCAAUCAGCUGUUAGCGAAACAGCGCAGGUUAAAUACCCUGCUAGGUGUAGAACCUAAAACAGUCAGGUCAUAUAUUUCCUUAUUCCGAGGUUGUUCCUUAAUCACCAUGCCACCUGCUGGCCGAGUUUGCAUUGCACUCCUAGUCAAAAAAUUUCACAUAAUAAUUAGAGCAUAAUAAAUCUUGCCAUGCCAAAAAUAUAAAUGUUUAUAGAAAGCCAUGUGGUAUCGCUGGGGGGGGGGGCAAACUUUCACAUUUAAUACAGCAUGGCUACUGAUCUGGCCCCCCUCUUAGGAGAUCCACGGGCUCGCUUGAUCCGAUGUGGUUAAAAAGGAUAGCAGCAGUAUCUUUCCUCAUACGUGUCACUGAUAGUUGUGUGUUAGUCCAGUCGUCUCGCUUAUUUGCACUUCAUGAGCAGAAUGAAUGAGAAAAAGGUAAUCAGAUGCCUGGUGCGUAUGGUGCGAUUGAAGGUGCUUGUCUGUGUGUUUCAUUUGCCUGAAGUAAAUCCACAUAUUGUCAGUUUGUCUGCUGUUCAGACUUUAUUAACUUUACAGAAUGAGACGUUUCAUUCAUAAUGUAUAUAUGUAAAAAAAUGACACCUGAAACCAUAAGUGAAAAAAGCCAUUUAUUUGGCUGUGAUGAGGAGAGUCUGUCUGUGCUGAGCAGCCUAAUAUUCCCAUCAGUGCCUCUGCAUGCUAUUUGUUUGGCUUGAUGUUUGCCGUACAGAUCAGGGGCCUGUAUCACAAAGUCGGAUUUCUUGUUUAGCCGGAUAUCUCGUCGGAUUUAAGGUAGUCUGGGAUAAACGUAAGUGAACAAAGAUAAAGGUCAUUUAAACCGGGGCACCUUAAAUCCAACAAAUUAUUUCUUACUUAGGUAAGAAAUCUGGCUUUGUGAUACAGGGCCUAGGAGAGCAAGUGUCAAUAUGCCAUCCAUUCAGUGGGUUUAACUGUUAUCUAAUAGGGUCUGUCUAUGUGUGGAACUAAACUGGGCAUUUGUAAAGAGGUCAAAAACCAGCUGGCUUUGAUGAUCGCCAACCUUACCAGCAGGUGUAACCUUCACCUCCACUGAAAAUGAGUCUGUACCAAACUUGUAUUGUGUUAUAAUCACCAUCAUUAACUGCAAGGACUAAAAUCGAUCAUUAAAUAUCUAGAUAUCUCACUGGAAACUAACCCAGCCGAUAAAGUGCAGGGCAGUACUUACUGUGAACGGUUCUGGCACAUGUGAAGGAGUCAGUUGGAAUGAAUGGACAUCGGCUUUCAGUGUUUUUACUGAUCGGUUAAAUUGUUAACCCUGACGUUGACCUUUUGUGCUUUUAAAUACAUUCUUACUUUUCCUCACACCUAUUCAGCCAUAAGUUCUAAAUUUCCAUAAAGAUCCACUAUCUGAGGAUCAGAUUUCAGUAGAGGUGACAUUUCUUAUCGGCCUGUGGGCAUGAAUUUAAAAUCAGGGAUUUUUUGUUCAUACUGGAUUAACAAAAACAAACCUCUAUCUCGGAUUUCAUAAUUGUUGAGCUUUAGCUUGUUUCAGUCAAAAUAUUUGACUGUUUGGUGCCAUCAGGGGCCUGUAUCACAAACCAAGAUUUCUUGCCUAGCCAGAUAGGUUGUCGGAUUUAAGGUAGCCUGGGCGAAAUAUAAGUGAACAAAGAUAAAGACCAUUUAAAAUGGGGUACCUUAAAUCCGACAAGUUAUCCGGCUAAGCAAGAAACCCCGUGCUGUGAUAGAGGUCCCAGUUGUCAUUAAUUUGAUUAUGACUUGGUUGGAAAAAAUAUAAUUAUAAAACAAAACAUUAAAGAAAAGCUGCAAAAGGAGGCUGCAAAUUCUGACAACUACUUUGAGGAUGGGUUUGUGUUUUAGGUGGUAUAGUUUUGUUUUUUGUGAUGUACUGUGAUUCUGAUUUAGAAUAUGUUCUUAAUUUUAGUUACUGUUGUACUUUGAAAUCGAUAAAAAAUGUUUUAAACUCUUUACAGUACUAUUUUAAAUGUGUUUUUUUUAUUGGCAAGGACUGUGACGAGGCUCUGGUUUGAAUUUCCCUUACGGACAGUUUUUUUGUGUAGCUGUGCUAAACCAUGCAAAGAGCUCGGUAUUUAACGUGUUUCAUGUUUCUGUUCAAAGGACAACAAAUGCUCAUUCUUAUAGCAUGGUUCCCACCCAAAAUUAUUAUAGUAAUUAUAAAACAAGAUAUUAAUUUUCCAUAAUAGUGGACCUUAAAGUAGAACAGAGUUUUAAAUCAUAUUGCCAGUUCUGUAUCCAUUCUGCCCAGGAAAAUGGCUGUUUAUUUGCUUCUAGAAAUGCAAUUCACGUUGUGGAUUGAUUUUUGAAACUAUUGAAGUUCCGCUCUAAUAUGAAUUAUUCUGAAUUUCCCUCUAGACAACUGACUUAAAAAGAAACAUGACCUACCCUCUAUGUUCAGAUAUGAUUUAAUUUUAUUCCCAACCAAUGUACGUGCAGAGCUUAUAAUUAGACCUAAAAGUCAGAUGUCGUCAAACCAUAAACCUUGACAAGCCCCAAUGCCACUCAGCACAAUAGGAGCCUUAUUUUGUAUUCCUAAUGUUGAAAUUUUGUUUUUGUUUGGUGUUUUACAAUUAGAAUCACUGUGAUUUUAUUCACUUCGAUGUUGUGUGAUUUUUUUUAAUUGAAUCAAUAAAGUGAAUAAAACCAAAACCUU